UGCGCAGCGCGGAUCCCGGAGGCCGGAGCCGUGCUUGACCUGCUGGAGAAAUGUCCUGAGCACCAGAAGAAGGGAGGUUUCCCCGUCGUAGUUUUCGAGGGCCUGGAUGCUACAGGCAAAACCACUGUAACCCAGUCUGUUAAGGAUGCCCUGAAUGGCAUUCUGCUAAGGUCUCCACCAGCUUGCAUCAGCCACUGGAGGACGAUAUUUGAUGAUGAGCCAGCACCCAUUAAAAGAGCAUUUUAUGCUGCGGGCAACUACAUUCUCGCUUCAGAGAUAGCGAAAGCAUCCACUCAGGCACCUGUGAUCGUAGACAGAUACUGGCACAGCACAGCUGCCUAUACAAUUGCCACUGAAGUAAAUGGGAAAGUCCAGGAUCUUCCACCAGCUCACGAUGAGGUGUACCAGUGGCCUGAGGAUCUGCUUAAGCCCGAUCUUGUUCUUCUCCUGACUGUUGACCCUGAGGAGCGAGUCCAGCGACUUCAGCGUCGAGGGCUGGAGAAAACAAAGGAGGAAGCUGAGCUGGAAGCUAACAGCUUGUUUCGCCAAAGAGUUGAAGAGUCGUACAGAAGGAUGGUGAAUCCUGCGUGCCAAGAGGUCGAUGCCAGCCCCUCCAAGGAAGAGGUUCUCAAGACAGUGCUACAACUAAUUGAAAAACACUGUGCUUUGUGA